AUGGACGUUUUUUUUCUUUUCUACUCUUCCCUCUUUAAUUGUUUGUUGCUGCACUCUUCCUGUGAGGGGUGCCGUGUGUUUCCCGCCCAACUGCUCCACUCGCACACCCACCGACACGCUCAUGACGACGGCCCUGUGCGCCUCGCCUGCUGCACGCAUGAGGAGGGCCGCGACGAACGGCGCGCUGAGGGAGCCGUGACGCGUGGGCGUGCGACGAGGGCCUGUGGGGCGGAGCACACAUUUCUUCCCUCUUGUUUUGUUUUCGUUGCGGCGAGGGCGGGCAGACACCCGCAGCGCCACACACACAGCCACACCCUGCCGCCGUGUUUUUCUUUAAGGAUUUGUUUUGCUUUGCGUGUUUAUUUCAUGCGGUGGCGCACCCUUCGGUGUCGGCCUCGUGAGCAUUUCUCUCCCCUCCGAUGA